UUUUCUGUGGAGAAGAGAGGGAGGCACAGAGACUUCAUACACAUGAAUAGCCUCUUUUUCUGAAGACUCUUGAAGGAGGGAAUUUACUGUGUUCCCACUGCUGCAGUGUAGCGGAUGGGAAGGAGCGGUUGAGAGGGGAGUUAACAGGUGAUUUUGAAGAUGAUAUUGGAGUCCAUCCAAACUCUAUGUCAGAUGUGAACAACAACAUACUUCCUGAGCAAACAAGAUGACCAGUACGAUAAAUCAAUUGCAGAGAACAGGUGUUGUGAUAUAGGACAGAUCUGCAGGCUGAUUUUGGUCAGUCAUGUCUCAGUCAGGUAAAGUCCUCCACUUGUAUGUAGAGGUGAGAUCUGUCACUGAUGAAGAAGGAAAAGACCUGGAUGAUGUGGCAAAAACAGACUCCCUUAUGUUGACAGCACCAGACAUCCUUCAGUCAUCGCAGUAUGGUGGCCCUAAUGCACCACAUGGUCAGACAUCCCCACGCGGAGUCCUGCAUAAAGGUGGAAGCAGCACCAAGACCUUGGCCUCUAGUAAAUCAACAUCUAGACACUCCGUAAGUUUUCAGCUACAUCCAGGACACGACUCAGACCAACCGGUGACCCAACAGCAGAAAAGUCUACCUUAUGAUGAGAUAAACCAGUUACUGUCUGCCUUUCAAACAGAUCCCAAUGGAAAUGCAUGUCACUUGGUUUGUGCUCCUUCUGAACGUGACCCCUUCUUUGGGAAGGAACCUCACUUCUCAGGACGGUUUACUGCCCCUCCUACUCCCAGUGGGACUCGUAAAGCUUGCAGCCCAACUAAGAUGAAUGGAGGAAAUGAAGGGAGGCGAUCUGUUGCCACUUUCAGUUACAUUGAAAAAGCUAAAAUUAAAUCAGUAGAGGGUCAGUAUAGCUCUUUGUGCCAGAGCGAGCCUCACAAUCCUUUCAACAGAACCAUGGAGGAGAGUGCUACCCCUCUCCACCUCAGGAAAAGGCUCAGUGAUCCAGUGUGGUUGAACAGAUUGGAAUCCAUGAACAACUGUAGUUCAAACCAGCUUAGUCAAGGUUUGGGGAACUCACAUAUAGGUACUCCCAGCUUUAGGAGGGCAACUCUAGACUCCAUUGCCAGAGAAGCCACCCAUCGAGCAUUGGAAGAUUUUGGUUCCCCACAACUAAGGCAAAAACUGGCAGGCAACUGUCCUGAUAGAGGUCAUGACAUCAGAAGAGGAGAGCAGCGCCGCUGUCGGUCUUGGUCUGGAUCACCAGUGAUACCAUGCAGUUCUAGGACCCUGCCCACAAAAGCAACAAUAAUGGACCAUGAGCGGAAUAGUUUGUUUUAUAGAAUUCCUAGGAGCCAUGCUACAGACCAACUGUCUAACCAUGCCAAGCAAGUUUACUUUACAAUGUCACACUCAAGCGCCAACAAUCAGGAGGUCUCAAACCAAAGAGUGCAAGAGUAUAGGUAUCGCCCAAAUUUACCAUCCUGUAAGCCUACAGCUAUUCAACAUGAACAGCCAGCUAUGAUUGUAACUCAACCAUCAAGCAAUCAACAACUCAGUCAUUCCAUAAUAGAUAGUCCACGGCAAGCCCACAGAGUUAAUUUCAACCUGACCAACUCAAAAAAUAAGGUAGAAGAAGGAGCUAACCAGCUGAGUGGAAGGAGGAGCAUAUCCCCAGCCACAAGUCCCGAGAUGGCUUGUAAACUAGCAGAAGAAGCCACCAAACUUUCCAUACUUAUGGAAGCCAGGAGGUCUCCAACCCCAACCCUAUCAUCGACAGACACGGUAAGAUCUGACAGUCCCCAGCUAGGACAUUCAAGAGAGCCUCCGCUCUAUGCUAACUUCCAGGGCCCUGGAGAACAAACUCACUCUAAUUGCAACCUUCCUGGUCAGGAGUACAACUGUAAACAAGAAUUUGUCAAAACUGGUCACCACUCUGUUCAAACAACCCCUCUUUUGCCCCACAUUGGAAGUAUAUCUCCAGCAGCUCCAGCAAGGUUGAACCGAUCAGAUGUAAUACCGUCCUCUCCAAUACGAGACCCACGUAUAGAGAGAACACAGUUGGUAGGGAAGGACAGCCCGACUUUGCAUCGGCACCUGCCUUCCCAGUACACAAGAGACAGUCAUACACCUAGUUAUGAGCAUAGGCAGUAUGAGACACUCAGAGGUCUAAAAGACAGCCCAAAUAGCAGCAGGAGACAUUUUACAAGGCCUAACCUAGAGACACCAAGCUGGACCGCUCAGCAAAAGCAUGGGGUAGAGGAAUGCUUAGCCAGAGAAAAGGAAAACUUAAGGGAGAAGGACAGUCAUAAGAGGAAUAGUCCAACAACACCAGUCUCUGAAGAGAACCAUUGUAGGGUCUCAAUGCAGAAAAAUGAGAUGAAAGCUGACACUAGGACUAACAGGGAGUGGAGUGGUACAGCAUCACAGAGUUCCAGUGGGGUCACAGGCAGCCUUAUAGAGAGCACUCUACAUGAGAAAGACUGCAUAUCCUCUGAGAUAUCUAGCAAAACCAGCCAAAAGAGUCCUGACUCUGGAAACACAGGAAUACAGUCUGAAGGUGGACCAUUUCUGCUGAGGCCUUCCUUGCGCUCUCAGAAGAUUGCUCGUGCCAAAUGGGAGUUCCUGUUUGGGUCCCACUACGAUCAACAAGAUAAGCAUGAAACAAAGGGCUCCUCCACUGCACACUCAAGUGGUUGUUCCAGUGAGUCUCCAACAUCCAUUCCACCUUUAUCUACACCCGUAAGACCAAUAACAACACACUCAAGACACUGUAAAUCAACUGGCUCUUCGAAAUCUGCAUGCCACAUUGUACAGCAAGUUGAAGUGGAGUUGAUAAACCAUCAUUCCACAAUGGAAAGCUCCAAUAAGACUGGCAUCACCAGACGUAGUGUGAAAUAUUCAGAGACUGACAUAGAUGCGGUGCCCCUGCGUUGUUACAGGGAAACAGACCUUGAUGAGGUGAUGAUGGCAGAACAGGAGGAGGUGGACUCUGCUUUUGGCAGUAACCGCAGUGUGCUAGGCACCUCAGGCACUAACAGCUGCAGCCCCCUGGAGGGAGUGUUGUGCCCACACACAGAUGGUGAGGAGGAGCUGCAAGAUGAAGAGGUGGUGAGCUGGGCCAGUGUGAGGAUGCAAGGUGACAAAAAGAGGCAAAAUGCCACACCUGAAGGAGAUGAAGUGUUUAGUCGACUGCUAAGAGGUCCCCCAGAUUGCCAGCCUGACAGCCACAUGGCUUUGAAGUCUCCCAUCUCUGUCACCAGCCCCUGCCGAAUCUCAUCAGAUGGCUUGGACUCCUUUAGCAGACACUUUGAGAGCAUUAUGGAGUCGCACCGUGCCAAGGGCACCUCUUAUAGCAGCCUGGAUAGUGAAGACAUCACCCCUAGUGGCCCACCUGUCUUCACUUUUGACUUUCCGACUCUCACUCCUGAGAUCCAGAGUCAGAUCAGUGAAAGUGCCAAGCAGAUCAUCGAACUGAACUUCUCUCCACUAACGUGCCCCGAACCACCUGCUGUGUCUGAUCCCACAGAGUGUAUGGCCUCCCAGGACCCACACAGGGAGGACCAGAGUGGUGUCUGUGAAGAAGAUAGUCCAUUCUGCAGUGGAUCCAGCUCUGAUCAUGCCUGCAGGCCUGAUUCUGACACAGAUGCUGCCAUAAGAGAGAGGCCAUCCCGGCCGGUGUCUGAGUCUGAUACAGAGGUGGCUGAGCGAUUGGCUGUGGGCAGCACUGAAACUCUGGCCAAUGGCAACAAAUCUGACCUCCAAGCUGCAAAACGGUUGGCCAAACGUUUGUACAGUCUUGAUGGAUUUAAGAAGUCAGAGGUGGCACGUCAUCUGAACAAGAACAAUGAAUUCAGUCACAUGGUGGCAGAGGAGUAUCUCAGUUAUUUUAACUUCUCAGGGAUGAUGGUGGAUCAGGCGUUAAGAGUGUUUUUGAGAGAGUUUGCCCUAAUGGGAGAGACACAAGAGAGGGAGCGAGUAUUAUCCCAUUUCUCUAAAAGAUACAUCCAGUGCAACCGGAACACUAUACUAAAUGAAGACAGUGUUCACACACUGACUUGUGCCCUGAUGCUGCUCAACACUGAUCUGCAUGGUCAUAACAUCGGGAAGAGGAUGUCCUGCAUGCAGUUCAUUAGUAACCUGGAGGGGCUAAAUGAUGGCCAGAACUUCCCAAAAGAUCUUCUCAAGGCUCUCUACAACUCUAUCAAAAAUGAAAAGCUGCAGUGGACAAUCGAUGAGGAGGAACUGCGGAAGUCUUUCUCUGAGCUGGACGGCAGGAAAGACUCCACAUCACACACUAUGAAGCGGAUCAACAGUGGUGGAAACCCCCUCAUCAGUGUUGCACAACAGUCCAGCGCUCAGGUCUACAUGAACGGCUUUCUCGUGCGGAAAGUUCACGCUGAUCCUGAUGGCAAGAAAACCCCACGAGGUAAAAGAGGAUGGAAGACAUUUUAUGCCAUUCUAAAAGGACUGAUCCUCUACCUGCAAAAGGAUGAAUAUCGUCCAGACAAGCAGCUGUCUGAUGAGGACUUGAAGAAUGCAGUAUCAAUCCAUCAUUCUUUAGCCAUGCGAGCAGCAGACUAUAGCAAGCGACCUGAUGUGUUUUACCUUCGCACUGCUGACUGGAGGGUCUUUCUUUUACAGGCCCCCAACGCUGAGCAAAUGCAGUCCUGGAUAACCCGUAUCAACACAGUGGCAGCCAUGUUCUCUGCCCCUCCCUUCCCAGCAGCCAUUGGCUCCCAAAAAAAGUUCAGCCGCCCUCUUCUGCCAGGUUCAAACACCAAGCUCCCACAAGAAGCUCAACUCAAACCACACAAGACACGGUUUCGAGCCGUUUCUGCUGAGCUCCAGGAACUACGCUCUACGCCCCAAGACCGCAGGACUAAAGGCAGGGACCAAGGAGAGUACAAGCAAAGGGAAGAGUAUCUGGACUUUGAGAAAACACGCUACGGAACAUAUGCAAUGCUGCUGAGAGCUAAGAUCCGCAUAGGGGAAACGGACCUGGAGACAUUUGAGGCCCAUUUGUUUGACGACGGCGGCCUGCAGAGGGCCCACUCCAGCCCCACGUUACCCCAGGACAGCAGCCAUGCCAGCAGCACCAAAGAGUCGAGCAGGAGCAGCAGCCGCAGCAGCAGCAAGAGGAUCAAACGCUCAGACGGUCAGAGACACAGCUACAGACAGGCUGUCAAACUGUGAGAGAACCCAAGCGGAAGGGCUUGUUUAUCUCCAUUCAGGGGCUGAAUAUAGAGCGUUACCAGGGUGGCUGCAGUUUACCUUGAUGUCUGCUCUCAAGUCAUCAUGAUUAUGAAACUGUGAUUGGGGUUGCUGUGCCCCACGUGACCGCCGGUAAAGCAUGCUUUUCUGGCCAGUAACUGCAAGCCCAUAUCUGCCAGCGGGCAGAUGAGAAGGAGCACCAGCCUCACAUUGUCUUAUUUCUGUCAGUGUGUGUUUUCACCACAAACUUGUUUGGUUUAUCAGUGUAUUAUGCUUGUUGAUCGUCAGUUUAGCACUCGUGGCUUUCCUGUGAGUGGCAGCCAAAUGAAAAGCGAACCUCUUAAUUGUGUGAACAUAUACUGUUCACUUUAUCUAUUUAAAGCAUUGUAGAUUUUGCUUUUAAGACUAUCAUUUCAUCAUUUGAGGUUGAUCAAGCGCUUUAACUCCUUACGGGAAGUUCGAGAACUUAGUCUGUUUAGUCCUUUAAACCUUCUUAAAGCACGUCUCAGAGCAUGCCUAAGAUGUUUGAAGACAAUCAGUUCCUCAUCUGGUACAAUUACUAAGAAUAUGAAUGCAUUAUUUUUUUUUAAUACCAUGACAACGGUUUAGUGAUAAUGACAGUGCAAAUAGCACCUUCCUUGUGAAAAAUAGGUGCGCUUAAUUGUAUUCAAAGUACUUCAAAUCUUAAAAGUAUAUUUUUAAGAAACUGUACUUGAGGAUAAUAUAAUAUUAAUUAAAUGAAGGUCAUUUAUGUGCACUUAGAGUACUCUUUCUUGACGCACUUUGUAAUGAUGUCAGAUUCAAGGUUAUUUUGCAGUACAUUUUAAAUCAUUACAUUUUAAUAAUCUUUUGUUGUGCUUUAAAGUAGUACACUUAUUUUGAUGUGUUGACUAACAUAGUAAAGCACAUGUAAAGUAUUUGAUUUGAUUUGAAAUUUUAACUGUGGUGUUUUAUUUGAUAUUGCAUUUAAGAUAAUUAAAUUUUAAAUGUACUAAAUUGUAACUUUAUUACAAAUGUGUAUUUAGAAAAAUGUUUAAAAUAUAAGACACAAGUUUCAAUAGAAAUGACAUUAAAGUAUAUGUAAGUUUACUUUAAAUGCUUGUCAGUACAUUCUGCAAUACAUUUUAACCAUAUUUUAAAGUCAAUUGAAGUAAUUAUGAAAUUACAGAGAAACAUAUGCUAAGUUCUACCUGAGUAUAUCAAAAAUUCAUUCUUAAAUACAUUUAAUGUAAUAUUGCAUUUAAACUAUAAUACAUUAUCAGUUAAUUGCAAAUAACAUGCGAUUAAGUGUCCAGGAAGUACUCUUUUUAAAAGUAUGCUGGAGUGCACUUCUUUUUCACAAGGGAUUACAUUCGGUCAUCAUUUCAACAGUAAUGUCUGAAUGACUUUACUCAGUGCACAGUGACCAAUUAACGGAUGUUAAAAUUCAUCACAAUAACACACCCCAUUGUAUUUUUGAGUGUAAUGUGUAUUUAAAAUAUGUAUUGAGCUUGAGAAUGGCGUGAUGCUAAAUCUGUGUUAAAACCCUUUGGAUAUGGCCAAGCCAUUGAAUUCUCAGGCACUCAUUUUCAAAUGUAUGAUCAUUCAUUUAGUGCUGGGGUAAAACAGGAGGCACUAAAAGCUGGUUUGUUCAGAGUAACCACAUCUAAUACCUCAAUUGCGCUGAGAGACCUGCGCAAGGGUGUGUCAUUUAGUCAGAAAUAAUUCUACCUGUUUACAAUCUGGUGUGUUCUUAUGUUCAAAUGAAUUCAUGUUAAGUAUUGCUUAAUAGGAGAGUGAAGGCAAGCUUCUGUGCUGCUUAUCAUAACCUCAUGAGUUGUCCUAUUGAUAUCAGAAACAUUAAGGAUCCAAGAAAUUGUAAAACCUGAAAAACAACUCUAAUGCAAAUCCAGGUCAUGAACAUCUAAACUGACUGUUAACACUGCCAGCAUAUCGAUCAAAUUCAGACAUUAAGGACACAAAAUACAAAAAAAAAACUAAAUGAUUUUGACCUUAUCUGGGACCCGAAUUUCAUCAAACGGCACUUCAAUAGUGUUAUGCUUCACUGCACUAUGAAAAAUAGGUGUAUGUAAUGAAGAGUUAUUUAUAUAUUUUGAACAUUUAAUAUCUGUCUUGAGUAUUUGUUUAUGACUGAAGCAUAUUGACUAAAAGGUUUAUAUACAAGUUUUUAUAGGGAACACUCAACCACUCCAAGUAGUUUGGUGUCACCCAAAGAUUUUGCUGUAAAUGUAACUUAUUUCUUAUAACUUAGUUUUUAUGUUUGGUGUGUUAUCCAUUCUAGCUGUAUAAAAUGUGAAUAUUAUGUUACAGCCGCUCAGUAAAAAUUGCUAUAUAAUGUUUGUAUGUUUUGAAGGAAGAGGCAAAAUAAAUCCGUUUUGAAAGGA